AGCAUGCGUACUUACAGUGAGUGAGCAGGAGACUGGAAGCUGUAUCAAAUUGUUUGUUCUGCUAUCUGGUUGUGUGUAGUGUUUUGCAGAAAUGGCUGGAAUUAAAGCCCUAAUUAGCCUGUCCUUUGGUGGAGCUAUUGGGCUUAUGUUUCUUAUGCUUGGGUGUGCCCUACCUGUGUAUAACAAAUACUGGCCAUUGUUUGUUCUUUUCUUUUAUAUCCUUUCUCCAAUCCCAUACUGCAUUGCAAGGAGAGUAGUGGAUGACACCGACACUGCAAGCAACGCUUGUAAAGAAUUGGCCAUUUUUCUUACAACAGGCAUAGUUGUGUCAGCCUUUGGAUUACCCAUAAUCUUUGCCAGAGCGACUGUGAUUGAGUGGGGAGCCUGUGCGCUUGUGUUAACGGGCAACGCUAUAAUCUUUGGAACCAUCCUGGGAUUUUUCUUGGUAUUUGGAACAAAUGAUGAUUUCAGUUGGCAACAGUGGUAAAAGUAAAACGAUGCUCAUGUAGGAGGAAUAAAAAAAACAAAAAUAGGGACUGCUUCAGUGUGCAGCGAGCAGCCAUCCAUUCAGAUAAUAUUUGUGCAAUAAACUGAAGUAUCGUAGCUGUCAUAAAGAGUUUGUCAAAAUAUUCUGAUGAUCCACUGACUGGUUUAUAAGGAUUUUCAUUGUUCCCUUCUGAUUUAUUUAGUCAUAAUCCCUUUUCACAGGCAGUUCCCUUGGGUGUAAAGAAUACACAAGGGGUAGGAAGCCAGAACGUGGUAUACAAUUUCUUAAAUAGCAUGUCUUCCCAGUUUAAGCAAGCUGUUGAUAUUGUAUACCAGCCUAAACAGACACAGUCAUUUUAAGAAGCAACAUUCUUAUUACUAAUCCUUUAAAUGAGAUGUUAUAAUUACCUUCUUUCUAAGGUAUUCUUAAAGCCUGACAAAGCACAGAUUAUAAACUACUGUAUUUCCAGGUUCAUAAAAUUGUACAAUUACAUUUUGUAAACCUAUGUUUGGUGGUGGUAGAAGGAUGAGGGCAGUUAUUCAGUAAAUAUUGCACAUUUCUACAGCUGUAAUAAUAAGUGCAAACAAUACUGUGGGACUUGUACUAAAAACAAAUUAUAGUACCAGGGUCUGUAAAAGACUGAUCUGGGGGUGGAGGGUAGCAUUAAAUAAUUAAACAGUUUUUUUUGUUAAGUGGUACUUAAGAUUACUGCUCCAUAAUUAAAACUAAAUCCUAGGGUAAGCAAGUGUUUAAAUUUGGCACUGCCCUGGUAUUGACGCUACAGUCGUAUGUCAGCUUUAUAAUAGAGGCCGCACUCAGUUAAGAAACAUUAAGGUAUUUUAUUCUCCCCUACUGAAGAAAGCACACACAAACGCGCAACACUGACUACGUACAUGUAACGCCCCUGAGGGAGCCUCAAUCUCGCACGUAAAUUAAAAACUAAUGUACACACACACAUAUUAAGCACAUUUUAUUUUAUGAUAGUACAGUUCUGAAAGAAAAUACAAGAUAA